AUGAGCCCGACCAACCAGCCCGGCUGCCCCGAGGCCCAGGGCGACGACGCCGAAGACGACUACAUGAACAUGACCUUUGACGACCCCGCGCCCGCCACGGAAUCCUCGCUCCAGCGCACGCAGCGCCUCAAGAAGGAGUCACGCGCGCGCGGCGUCAUCAAGUCCAAGGCGCAGCUCGCCGAGGAGGAGGCGGCCGCGCGCGACAAGGCCCUGGCCACGUCGCUGCUCGACGACCCGCGGCGCGCCAAGACGAGCAAGGGGCUCGCCAUGAUGGCCCGGAUGGGCUUCGCCGGCGGCGGCCUCGGCAAGAAGGAAGCCGACGGCACCGCCCGCGGCCGCACCGAGCCCAUCCACCUCAGCCUCAAGGACGACCGUGGCGGCGUCGGCAUGGACGCCGAGAAGAAGCGCCGCUUCCGCGAGGUCGCCGAGGAGGUCAUCGGGUCGGACGCGAAGGUGCAGAAGCUGGACCCGGACGAGUACCGCGAGCGCGUCAGGAGGGAGCGCGAGGACGCGAAGCUGGAGAAGCAGUUCCUCGCCGCGCAGCGCCUGGUCGAGCGCAUGGACGAGGAGGAGGAUGGAGACGGGGGUGACGCCUCGGCCUCGGAAGACGACGCGGAGGGGAGGGACAAGGGCGGCAGGGCGCCGCGGCCGAUUUCCUCAAGGCCGUUGAGAUCCGUGCCUGUGCUGUACCGCGGGCUGGUGCGCCACCGCGAGGAAAAGGAGCGUGACCGACGGAUGCGCUACGACCUGGAGCAGUCGCUCUCGCGCCUCCCCGCCUACGAGGAAGAGGACGACGACCCGGAUUACAAGACGGCGCUCGGGAAGCGCGGCACAGUGUACGCGGUGGCCGAAGACCUGGACGAGGAAGACCCAGAGCUAGACGCGUUCAAUGCCGUAGAUGUGCAUGAGCGGCUGGAACGCCUGCUGAAGCAUCUCCGUGAGCAGCAUAGAUAUUGCUUCUGGUGCAAGAUGGUAUAUCCAGAUGCUAAAAUGGAUGGUUGUCCGGGUCUUACAGAAGAGGAUCACGAUUAG